GUGAUUUGUGCAUUUGUGGCUGUGUGCGUGUGCUCCGGUUCGGUUCGGUUAUGUUUUUGACAUCGCAUCCGCUGAACUUCCGUGAAUUUGAUCAGGAUCAGUGAACUUUACUACAUAAUAAUCGUUUAUCCAUUUUCAUCUUCAUCCUCGGGAAAAGUCCUCAUACUUUAGUGUUGCGUGAAGAGCGGAACGGUAGACCAUAACCAUGACUGAUGCUGACAGUGCCUCUGAUGGAGAGGAAGGUGGAAGUUGGAAGGGGACAAGCCCUCGCUCCAGAAGUGCUUCAUCUGCCAGUAGCAGGUCACGGUCUGGAAGUCCUGCCUCAAAAGCUAGUUCACGUGCUGCAUCCAGAGCAUCAGUCCGCAGCUCUAGUCCAGUAAACAAAGGCUCAAGGUCACCUUCCGUAGCCAGUUCUCGCAGAUCUCGAUCCAGGUCAGGGUCUCCUCCUGCAUCUCCAGCCCGCUCAGGUUCUGGAUCCCCAGCCAGGUCUCGAUCUGGUUCACCUGUUCGGUCUCGUUCUGGUUCUCCAAUCAGAUCUCCAUCUGCCUCCCCUGCUCGCUCUCGAUCUGGUUCACCUGCCCGCUCUAAAUCAGGCUCACCUGCUCGCUCUCGCUCUGGCUCCCCCGCAGGAUCCCGGGCCGGUUCACCCACUCGAUCGAAAUCGGGAUCACCAGCUCGCUCCCGUUCUGGCUCUCCUGCUCAGCGCGCCUCUCGGUCCCGAUCAAGAUCCGGAUCCGCUCGCUCAAAAUCAAGGUCUCGGUCUGGCUCUGCACCAAGAUCAAGAUCCAACUCCCCAGCUCAUUCUCGAGAUUCAAGAUCUCGCUCGCGCUCAGGAUCACCAAGAGCCCGUUCAAAAUCUGGCUCUCCAGCUCGUUCCAGAUCUCGUUCCAAAUCAGGUUCUCCAGUGAGGUCUCGAGGAUCCAAGUCCAGAUCAAGAUCCCGUUCAAAAUCAGGCUCCCCAGCAAGAUCAAGAGGAUCUAAGUCAAGAUCAAGAUCCCGUUCCAAAUCGGGUUCUCCGGCAAGAUCACGAGGAUCCAAGUCCAGAUCAAGAUCCCGUUCAAAAUCAGGCUCCCCAGCCAGAUCACGAGGAUCUAAGUCAAGAUCAAGAUCCCGUUCCAAAUCGGGUUCCCCGGCAAGAUCACGAGGAUCCAAAUCAAGAUCCCGCUCUAGAUCAGGCUCCCCAGCAAGAUCACGAGGAUCCAAGUCAAGAUCCCGCUCUAGAUCAGGCUCCCCAGCAAGAUCACGAGGAUCCAAAUCAAGAUCCCGCUCUAGAUCUGGCUCCCCAGCAAGAUCACGAGGAUCCAAGUCAAGAUCUAGAUCCCGCUCUAGAUCUGGAUCCAGGGCCCGAUCUAAGUCUGGCUCACGGUCCCGUUCUAGGUCAGGUUCACCCAGAAGUAGGAAGUCACGGUCUCGCUCUGGUAGUGCUGCUUCUCGUCGCUCCGGCUCAGCUUCUCCUGCUAGAGAUCGCUCACGCUCCAAAUCACGUUCCAGAUCAAGGUCAAGAUCAGGUUCAAGAUCUCGGUCUGGAUCCGCUGCCAGUCGUAAAUCUCGGUCAAGAUCAAGGUCAGGAUCGCCAGCAAGUCGCAAAUCUCGCUCUAGAUCGAGAUCAAGGUCUGGAUCCCGAGCAUCUAGUAGGAGUAGAUCAAGAUCCGACAAUGAAGAAAGAAGAUCAGUUGCGGAUAGUGAUGAGGAAGUUGGCAGCAAGAGACGUAAAAAAGAUGACUCAGAUGGAGAGGGACAAGUGGCAAAAAAGAAGAAGCGUGCUGUCCUAUCAGACUCGGAAUCAGAAGAUGAAUCAAAAGGAAGAAAAAGGGCCGUCUCAGAUGACUCAGACUCGGAAAGUGCGCGGGUCAAGAAACGGAAGAAGAAAGCACCCAAAGGAAGAGUCAUGUCUGACUCAGAGGAUGAAGGUAAAGGAUCGGGAUCCGAUAAUGAAGGUAGAAGCUCCCGAGCGAGUCACAAAUCCGGCUCCGGAUCUGAAGCUGGAAGCAGGAGAUCAAGGAAAGGAUCGGGCUCCGAGUCAGAGGGUGAAGAUGGAGCACGAAAGAAGGAUGCAGAUGAUGCUGAGAAUGUAGAAGGUGGUGAAACAUCGAAAGCUGAAGGUGAAGGGACAGGUGAAGUUUUACCUGCUCUGUCAGAUGAAGACUCUGAUGUCGAUCGACCGAGGGGUAGCGAUGAUGAAGGUGACAGAGAUAAUAGCGGUAUGUCCGAUUUUGAUAUGAUGUUGGCCCGUAAGAAAGAGGAAGCCAGCCGUAAACGUCGCCGUAAAGAUAUUGACAUCAUCAAUGAUAAUGACGAUAUCAUUGCUCAGCUUCUUUCAGACAUGAGACAUGCAGCCAAUGAGGACCGCGAAUUGAACAAACAAGGCCGCCCUGCAACCAAUAAAAUCGCCAUGUUACCCAAAGUUAUGUCACAGCUGCAUAAACAUGACUUGCAAUUAGCGUUCAUUGAGCACAAUGUACUAACAGUCCUGACAGACUGGCUAGCUCCAAUGCCUGACAGAAGUUUACCUUCACUCAAAAUCCGAGAUUCAGUACUGAAACUUUUGAAAGAGUUUCCUCCUGUAGACCAUUCUACGCUGAAACACUCUGGAAUAGGAAAGGCUGUGAUGUACUUGUAUAAACACCCCAAAGAAACCAAGGAAAAUAGGGAUAGAGCUGGUAGAUUAAUAAAUGAAUGGGCUAGGCCUAUUUUUAACUUAUCCACCGAUUUUAAAGCUAUUAGUAAGGAAGAAAGACUGCAGCGUGAUCUUGAUCAAAUGUUGCCAACAAAAAGGCGAAAUUCAGAAGAUGGAGAGAGUAGUGAAUCUAGGAAAAAAGACAUCAGCAAAGCUAUUUCUGGUGAUGAAAAAACAUUGAGGCCAGGUGACAAAGGAUGGAUAGCCAGAGCAAGAGUUCCAAUACCCUCUAACAAAGAUUAUGUCACCAGACCUAAGUGGAAAUCAGACAUAGACAUGAGCCGAACCACUAAGAAACAAAUGAAUAGAUUUGAAAGGCAUUUGAAGAAUUUCAUCGACAACAAACGCCUGAAACAGUCACGGAGAGCUGUGCCUAUCUCAAUCGAAGGACGUGGUAUGGCCCUGUAAAUCUUCUGUAUCAAUUUAAAUUAAUUUCGCUGUAGAGAAUUUAAAUUAUUCUGUAAAUACUGGAAUCUGUACAGCACAAAUGUGAAUUGAAAGUAUGUUAGCCGCUGAGUUUCCCUUAGAAAUUCAUUUCCAGCAGCUCCUGGAAUCUUUUUAAUCAUCUUGUGAAGUGCAACUUCACUGAGCAAUUUUUAGUCAAUGUAUUUUGUUCUGAUCCUGCAUUAUUUGUUUCUAUUUUUUAUCUUAAUUUUAUUGUGAGUUGAACAAUCAGGAUCAAAACACAUGGGAUAUGUUUCAGAAUUUCAUGAAGUCAUUUUGGAAGCAGAAUUAAGUAUGUAAGGUUUACUUUUUCCCUGCUUCAAAUACAUUUUUGAAUAAUUUAGAAAUAUUGUUAAAAUAUCUGAAUAUUAUUUUGUUUACUUUUGUUUAAUUGUUUCUCUUGACUUUUUUUCAAGGUCUAUAACGAUAUAAAUUGGCCAAUCCUCCAUCCUGAUAUGAAGUCAGAUUCCCAAUUCUGCCUUCCCUAUUCCUUGACCACCAUCAUCCUUAUGUUUCUUCCGAAGCUAUCCUUUGAUUAUCUCCUCCUCCCUGUGGAAUCCUCUUCAAUUCUCUUGACUUUUCAGAUUUCGUCCAUGCCGGCACCAUUCUUUUAUCUAAGAAGUGAAGCUACUUAAAGCACAAUUAGUACUGUUUGUCUAAGUUUACACAUUUUAAGCUGUUGAUUCCUCUGUAUCAAGAGUCAUCACGAAAGAUACCUGUUUAUAAUGACCGUUUUCUAUCUCAAAUAUCUGUGCUAAGUCUUAUUAACGAAGACACGUUGUAAUGUGUCUUUCUUCUUGCAUAAAUUUGUUAUUUCACACAGUCUUAGUUGCAAAAAUUUAAUCUCUUAGAUUCAAAAGCUUUUUGUUCUUUCCUUCUUUUACACAGUCAAUUUGGGUUAAGUGAGAGCGUAGACUCGAGUUUUCUGCACCUGUGACUUUCCACCAUUGCGUUUUAAACCCAAUGGAUUGCGUUCACCAUAAAAUAAAAGAGAAUACUUUUUUUGAGCAAAAAUGAACAAAAAAUCAACACAGCUUAAUUAUUUCUAAUUUUUACAACAUGUUUUUGAAGUUUGAUUUGAUUUUUUUUUUACUAAGCAUCAUUUUCUUUUUCUUUAAUGAGUAGGUAUCAAUGUUAUUUUUCCCUUAGUUGAAAAAAAUAUUAAAAUAGAAGAAGAGGGUCAGCAGAGUGUCCUAUCAAAUAUGAAUUUAUAUGAAGAAAGAGGAAGGGGAGGGCACCUAUUCCACUCUUAUCAACUUAGGAUACGUGGCAAACAAGCACCAGAAAGAGACCAUUGUAUUAUUUUUGUACAAUACUAUUUUAAUAAAAAUUAUUACCUAAGUCCA